UGCUGCCGCUGCUGCCAGCGGAAAAUGGCCGCUGCAACCUCGAGCCCAUCCUGAGCCGCCGCGGCGCGAGAGAUCGGCGGACGGAGAGGCGGAUCGGAUGAUGAGAGCCGCGGAUCACGGAGAGAGAGAGUGAGCGCGCGUGUGCGGGGGUGCGCGCGCGCGUUUGUGUGUGUAUGUAUGUGUGUAUAUAUGUGUGUGUGUGUGUGUUUGAGUGAGUGAGCGCGCGCGCGUGCGUGUGUGUUCUGGCGAGAAGGGAAAUAAAGCAGCCCGGAGACCGGGGGGCGCGCGGAACCGAGCGGCGCGCGGAACCGAGCCAUGGAGGGCGAUGUGCGUGUCCGAGCCGUGGUGAUGACCCGCGACGACUCUAGUGGCGGCUGGGUGCCCCUGGGCGGGGGCGGCCUCAGCCACGUGAUCAUCUGCAGGGGGCGGAGCUCCGAGAGCCGAGGGCGGAGAGAGUACGUAAUUCGCGGAGAGCGACUUCGAGAUCGAGCGCCUGUGCUGGAGUGUACCGUGCAGAAGGGGCUUGUCUACAACAAAGUGAACCCCAUCUUCCAUCACUGGCGCGUGGAGGAGAGGAAGUUUGGCCUGACCUUCCAGAGUCCAGCCGAUGCCAUCUCAUUUGAGAAGGGCCUCCAAAGUGUCCUUGAUAAGCUGGACAGAGGAUCCGACUCGCCUUCAUCCUCCACGCCAGAAGAGGGAGACACUGAAGACGACGGUCAAGCAUCACACACAGGAAGUGAGUCGUCCUCCAACAGCAGGAAGGAGAUGUUGCCCAAGCCCAUCACCAUUGUGACCAGCGAGUCCUCCUCCACCUGCUUUGUGCGCUCCUCUGCGGAAGAGUUUGGGUAUGGGGCGGGGCAUGCUGUCACUACUCAGACCCCUGCCCAGGUCCACACGCGACCCACCCAGCACCAGCUCUCACAAGUGGCGGCCGUAUUGAAUCCUCCGGCCCCUCCGCCUCCUCCACCUGCUCCCCCGACGCCUCCGCUGGCACCCCCAGCCUCCUCCCCUCUGUCGCCUCUGUCCCCCACCAUAUCCUUACUGGAGGAAGGUGACCUGCACAGUCUCGACCCUUGCAAGGAUUUAUGGGGCUCCCGGGGUUAUGAAGACUACCGGCGAGCUGGAGCAACGCGGACCAAGGUGGGGGGUCUGACAGGGGGCGUGGUAGUGGGUGGUGGGCCAGACAAGUCAGAGCUAUGCGUGGUGCGCUUCGAGAAGGAACUGGCAGGUGUGGGAAUCACAGGCUGUGAGGUUACCGUCAUGCUGGACACCAAAGGUUCUCAGCACCACUCUUCUCCUACCUGCAUGCCUAACGCCGUGCCGGGCUCAUCCUCUGCCGGUGGAUCGCCGCAGGAGACAGGCAAGGGCUCACCUUCGCCGUGCUGCAUCCAUACCUCGCUUGCCACACCUCGCUCUCGGACUCGUAAGAGAGGGGGUGGCGCCGGCACCAGCGGGGGUGCAGACGCCAUCUCACCCGACGAUGACAGCCCAUGCCCCCAGGGCUCAUCCUCGUGCUCGUCCCGUUGCGUGUACUGCCGCUCGGUCUUCAGCGCCUCGGAAAACGGGCGCGGUCGCUGCCGGGACGCUCCAGACCCUGCCCUGCACUGCCUGCGCCAGUGGACGUGCGUGUGGUGUGCCGAGAGUCUGCUUUACCACUGCAUGUCAGACUCAGAGGGUGAGUUCUGGGAGCCAUGCUCAUGCGAGGACUCUAUGGGCCACCGACCACACCCGCUCUGCUGCGCCCGUUGGAUGGCGCUGCUGGCGCUAUCACUCUUUGUGCCCUGCAUGUGCUGCUACCUGCCUCUACGCGCCUGCCUGCGCUGCGGGGAGAGAUGUGGCUGCUGUGGCGGAAAGCACAAGGCCGUGCGGUGAGACGUGG